AUCUGAUUAGUUCGUAUUUACAUAAGCGUCCUUUUCCAUAUACAACGUUGCAUCACAGAAGAAAAGAAAACCCAAAUUGGCUGCAAAACACACCUGCAAACUGUAAAAUAGGAAUCUAUAAAACAUGGAACUUAGUUCUAUUCCUACUCUCGUAUCUAAUAUAUUCUCUUUUUUUUAAUACAUAUAAGCCUAACACAUAUGCCUACAGACAUGAAAACGUGCCAUAAACGAUUUUCAAAAAUGUUUAAAUAAACCUUCUUUUUACUGUUCAUCAACGACACCUCUUCAACUCACAGCUUGCAGCCUUAUCGACAUAUUUAAACACACUCCAAACGGUACGACAAUUGCUCAAUGAUGCCCGAAGGUUGAGGAUCGCCGGAAGAUUGAUACAAGUUUAAAAAGAGCUGUGGUCCAAAUUUGUUGUUAAUUUUUGUGCAUAAGUUCUUAUAAUAUCGUAUGAUGAAAACAGAGCCUCAAAAGCGUGUGCACCCACAUUUGUUAAGGAAUAUUUUUCCCUCUACUUACUGAAUAUGCUUUAACGAGAUAUCGUAACGAUGAGCACGAUCAACACUAGUGCCACCUAACAUAGUUAUUUAAAGGCAAAUCGAUUAACUGCAGAACAUAUUUGUCAAAGAACUAUAAAAAGAAACAUAUUUUAAAGGCAAAGUACACCAAAACCAAAAGUGGGAGUGUAAUUCAGCAAAAGCAAACCAGCUAACAAACGCUUCUCUAAGAGAAACGAAAAAAGUUAAUGAGAAAAAAACAACAAACAAACAGUGAAAUGACCAAAGCGUCGUAAAAAGAAGUAUAAAAAUUUGGAAGAAGUAAAUGAAAAGAUAAAAACAAACACAUGGAUCAAUAUAUUUAUAAUGCUUCCGACGGUAGUAGGUACGGAGAAACCAAGUCACUUCUUGCCACAAACAAUGUUACCAUGCAAACAAAUGCAUACGCUUUGCUCGUCUGAGCGAUCCGAUAAGCUGUCUAGAUAAGCGAACGUAAAGAAAUGUGCUUAGUUAUAGAUAAAAAAGGGGGCAAACAAUGUGCUGAACAAGAACGAACAUAGGAACGAAAAAUGUAGCGAAAAUCGUAAAGCAAGAAUUAGAAAACAUUACAAAAAAAUGUAUAGCCCGGCAUAAGAUUUUUUAUAACCGAUUUCAAAUUUCCAAUUUUACUAGAGUAGUAAAACAAGAAAAACGUAUAAUGGAAAGAUAGCGGUAAAAAGCGUAUUAGAACGAACAACUAUUGCAAACAAAUACACAAAAACAACACGAAAACAACAAAAAAAUGUCCCAAAUUGUCGAAAGCGAAAAGAUAUAGAGAAGAGAGAAAGAAAGAAAGAUAUAAAUACGCUUAUAUACAUAAAUGCCGAAACUCUCUUUAACUCUUUCCUUCUUUUGAUAGAGCUUUAGAAACGGUUGGAAACAUCUUUAGCCCAUCCUCUGAGAUAAGAAUAGAGCAGAACUGUAGAGAGAAUCGUAAAACACGCGCAAUAAACUGCGAUCGUUUUGUGAAGGUUUUUUUUAUUUGUGUGCGUACAUAGUUUUUCAACAUUUUUGUGACCAAAAUAUGGAAGAUUACUUUCGAAUUAGAUCGAUACAAAAAGCCGAUAACUUACGUAUGGUUCACUUUCUUUCCACUCAUUAUCGCAUUUUUUAAAGCAUGCUAAAAAAUACACACAAAAUAAUGGAAAAUGUACAACCGAGUCAUUAAAAGGAGGAAGAAAACACCUUGUCAAAUCGCUAAUCGCCACGAAAGGUCGUUAAGAAGAAGAAAAUAAACCCAAAAUCAGUUUAGAAAAUAAAAACCCCGCGAAGGAGGAUGCGAUUUAACCCAUUAAACUUUCUACUUAUCGCUUGUAAUCGCAUAUAGCGCAAUGCAAAAAGCAAAAUGGGCCAGUCAGGAUGUCAGGUCGUUCAUGCAAAACUUUACCUUGCAACGGAGCGCAAAAGAUGGCAAGAGAUGCAAGGUGCAAAAGGUGAAACCGAAGAACAGAUGGCAGAAAAUGGCCCCGACAAAAAAAGCCCCAAACAUACUUUAAAGAGAAGAAGAAAAAAACUUGCAAUGCUGUGAUACUGAUACAUUUUAAUGAAGUUAAUUAAAUCUAAAUGCCCAGCAUUCGCUGGCUGCCCUGCCCCUGCUGCCGCCGUUUGCUGCUGUCGCUCUGGCACCGCACCGAUUGCUGCUGCACACUAACACGUUCGUUCGUUUGUUCACCCGGUCCCGGGGUACGGAAGAAAAGGGCAAAGUGGGGGGACACGUUUUGAAAAAGGUCAGGGUGGUGGUGGUGGUGGUGGUGGUUAUUGGCGCGAAUGGUUCAAGAUUUAUCAAAUUACACCUGACGGCGCAGAGAACAGAACUGCUUCUUACUCUUCGUUGUUUCGUUACGUUUAGAGUUUGUUCGAUUGUUAGUUCUUUUUAAAUGGCUAUUUUUUUACUCAUUUAGUUUCUUCUUUUUUGCUAUUUUCUUAUAUAAAGUUUAAAAGACUAUUUCGUAGCUAUCAUUUUAUUUGCGCAAUUGCAAACUGUCCGACAGUAAAUUUUCAAAAUUUAACCACUUUGAAUGUUUUACCACCCAAACAAUGUUUAAACGUACCUAAAAGUUACCGAAUUAUUGUGAUUUUAAAUUGACACAGCUACAAACAAAAGUCUAUAACAGAGUGGCAACAUAAAGAUGAACACUGGGAAAAGGGAAAAUCACAACAAGAUGAAGCAAAAAAAACCAGCAGAGCCGAGGAAUGUUGAACAAGCAUCCCACAGAUUCUAGAACAGUUGAUCAGAUGGAAAUAAAGCAGCCAUGUAAGAACAAAUAAGAAAAUAAACCAAUAAACAAAUUAUUUAAAUUGUGUUCGUGCUUCUGAGCCCCGUUUGAACGAACAAAAUACGUUGAGAAAUGCAACAGCGCAUAACCCUUAUCCUUCAAAACACCAACACAUGGUUACCAUAGCGACGGUAGCUAGCGGAAGAAUUGUAAACAAAAACGUACCGCGUCCCUUUAGGGACGACCGAUCGACCCCCUUCUUCCUGUCAGUUGCGCAAAACAGCGACCAUAAAGUGCCACCAGAAAAAUGCCCGAUUCCUCUCGAACGCUCGGCGAUAUCGACGAGAUCGAUAGUGCCGAGCUGCGGACACGGCUGAAGAACUGGAUCGAAGAGGAAGGCAUCGAGACGAACAUUCAGCUGCAGAUGAAGAAAAAUUUAAUCGAAAAAAUGAGCCGCACCGCUCUCGGGAAGAAAAUCGCCCUCAAGCUGCAGACACAGCAGGGCAUUGUGCUGUCCCCGCUUGUGCUCGUGCUGAACACGCUCGUGGCCGAAUUUCUCUACACACAAAACUGCCACUUUUCGCUGUCCAUCUUCACGAACGAGGUACCGUUCAAGAACACGCUGCCCGACUUCACCCGGUCGGCCAAGUUUCGGCUGAGCCGGACCGAGCUGGGCGAAAUCUUCGAAGCGCUCGGCAUCGAACACUACGACGGGCUGGUGGAGAAGUACGACAAGUUCGGCACCGGCCAGGGCAGCCGCUCACUCCUGUACAUCGUGUUCAAGACGAUCCUGGCGGCCGUCAAGACGCAGGAAGCAAAGUUACGCCACCUUAAGCGGCUAGACAAACGGAAAACAUCCGCCCAGACGCUGCUGAAGAAGCUGGAGGUGGAAAAGCUACACAAGAAUGUGGAAAAACUGCUCCACCGGGUAAAGGCCGUUGGCAAAGCGAUUGUGGAGCUGGAAAAGAGUCAACAGCAAACGCUGCAGGAUGGCGCGAACGGGGAACAGGGGAAAAACAUGAACGAGCAGCCGACCCCAGACGAUGACCAGUCCGCCCGUUCGCUGCGCGUUUGUUCGGAGAAUGUUUGCAAGCUGAUCGAACGGUUGGAAACGUGUACGAAAAUGUUCGAACAGCUCAUCGAAACCGUACGCCAGCAACGCACGGAAGAUGUGCAGGAAAAGGGCGAGCUCGACGGUGAGGAUCAAGAGGGUGAACCACGCCGUGACAAGCCAAAAGAAAAGCGAAAGUCUUACACCGAGUUCCUGCGGGAGUUGAAAACGACCGAACAUGGUAAAAAAUAUGUGGCGAAACUGCAGAAACAAGUGACCAAACUGCUGGACAAAAAAAAACACCAAAUUGAGGCAAAGUACGAGAAAGAGUUGCGGAAGCUUAAGCUGGAAUACGAGGAAAAGCUAGCAAAAGCGUUAGCGGCAACACAAACAGAAACGAUCGCACAACCAUUAGCACAACCCGCACCAAUCGUCCGCAGCAUUCAGACCGAGCCACACCCCAUUGAUGCUACGAGCGAGGAAAGUCAACAUUUUAUGCGCAAAAUAGACGAAAAGCUUGACGAGCUGUACCGCCAGGAGCGGAAUGUAGACGACAAGUUGGCCACGCUGCGGGACGAUCUGCAGCGGCAGGAGCAACGGCAAAGCCGCUACUUCGAAUCGCUAAAAGCGGCCAAAACGAAGGAAACCAAACUGCAGGUGCUGCACAACGUCGAGCGCGAGCUGAUGGCCAACUUCGAGGACGAAACGAACGCCAUCAUACAGAACGCGAAGCAAACGAUCGAGCAGCUGGAGAAGGAAAGCGAUAAGAUCAAUCAUUCCUUUCAGCGCUACUUGCGCAAGCAGCGCGAAGACAAGCGGAAGCUUAUCGACGAGAAGGUGCAAAUCUGGACGCGCUACAACGAUGAGAAGCUCGAGAUGAACCAGCGCGAGCUGUUAAACGAAGAGUUUGAGCGGGAGAUAAUGGUUGAACCUGUUGCGAUUGUUCCGGAAAUUGUGGUACCCGUGCAUCAGCCGGAUACGGGCCGCGAAUUCGCGAAUCCUUUCCGUGCGUUCGAUCCGCUCAAAUACCUGAAACAAUCGCGUCCGGUCGAAAGCCACACGGUGGAUGUUGCGAUCGGCACCAUAUCCGAGGCGGGUAUGCAAACAUCGACAGCUGAUGAAGAGCCAGAAAAGGUGGAAACAGUCGUGCGACCAAUUCCUGCCACCCGAACGGCCAGCAACGCGCAGCUUUCGGAUGUUUUGGCGAAGGACACGCGUGAGCUGCGGCAAAGCAUCGAAGAAAAUCUGCAAAAGCUAGACCAGAUGAGUCGCACGUACUCGAAAUCGCAAAGCUCGUCCGACAAGCAGGCGCCGUUUGCGCCUCGCAUUGAAGUGGCGCAACCGGCACCGGCUCCACCACUGCCCACGGUAGAACCAUCGUCCAAUAGAAGCCUGGAUGACUGUUCCAGCACUGAGUUGGGUUUGUCGGACGGGGAAGUUGUUUUCCCCUCCGUCCCUACACAGCCAGUUCCCGCUGCAACACUGAACGAUUCACACGACCUCAUUGACUACGCAACGCAGAACACGCAAAAUGAAAAGCGCAAACUGGAACCGGCCACAAUGGCGGUUGCUGUGAGCUACAGCGACCUUUCGAUCAGCAGCUUCAGUGUCGCCAGCAGCAAACUCACCUACGACAAGAGCCAAAGUUUGGACGGCGAGCUGGAUCGCAUCUCUACCGGGGCCCGUUCGAAUGCAUCACAAAACAGCUGGUCGUAAAG